AUGGCGCUGCGGUGUCUCACUGCGCUUCCUGUUGGGGGCCUUGGCGCGCUCUCUUCUGCCCCUCCCCAGUACCUCGGUGGCAGAAUUCUGCCCUCCUACGCGGCAGCAUCAGAGCCUCUGGGCCCCUUGACAUCUGUACCGGUCUCUUUUGGCGUGGGUGAGGUCCCCAAGGGCCUCAUCAAGGGCUUCUGGGAUUCCCAAAGGCCCUCCAGGUGCCUUAGGGACUCAUGGAUUUGUGGCGCUCGAGCCUUCUCGACUCGGCGUAAAACAGUCAAGGCGAUUGGAGCGUGGCAUUUGCAGCAGGAGGCACGGAGACGAGCGAGGCGGCUUGAGGAGUUGACUCAUGGGGGCCUGCUACCUUCGACAAAUGCCACAUUAGAGGCAGCGACAGCACCAGUUUCCUUUCAACCCAAGUACAGUCCAAGUCCUCUAUUCCUGUCACCUCCUCCGUCCCCCCCGGCUCUAUUCACGCAAGUCAGCGUGGCUCCUGCUCCUUUCACCCGUAAGAAUCCACCCCCGGAGCUGCAGCAUCUGCCGCCUCGGCGUCCAAUGGGCCGCGUCUCUGCUCUGAAAUCAACGGAACUGGCAGUUGCCGUCGUGGAAGCGGCACGCAGUCACAGGGGGAACGCGACGCUCUGGCAAGAGCUGCAUGCAGCCUGCCUGCGGCGGGGCCCUCACUUUUCCGCAACGGAGGCGGCGCUGGUGCUUCACGGCUAUGCCCUUGCGGGACUCAAUGUGCUGCCUGUACUCUGUGCUUGCUCUCACACUCUGCUCACUAAGUGGGGAGACGUGCGGCUAGUCGAUGCAGCAAGGGCCCUUCAUGCCCUUCUCAAAGUCUUUAAGUUGCAAGACACCCGCAUGACCUUGAAGUUUAUUGACAGCUUCGGCCCCGUGCUCAGACACCGUAGCAGCCGCUCGCGCACUAAGGACCUCGAAGCCUUGCCUAGAGAAGAAGCCUUGCAGCACCUCCACACGCUUGCACUGCUGCUGAAGGCCUUUGCUGCAGUACAGCUGCCCUAUCCUCCUCUGCUGCUGACUGCAGCCACGGUCCUGAGAGCGGAGCUGCUGCUGGUCGCAGUGCCUUGUGCCUCAAGGGCCAAAUACAGCAGCAGCUCUAAAUCCUCAAGGGAAAAAGACUCUCGCCGCAUCUUCGAGCUUCCCCCGAUAGCAGACCCCAAAAGCCUGGGAGGGCCCCUGCUGCCGCCUCCCGCCGUAGUCGUAAGCAUUUUGGAAGGCCUGACGGCGUUGGGCUUCCGCAGUGAGCCCCUAUUUGGCGCAUUUGGUGCCUUUCUCGCUGCUACACUCCCCGGAGCUGUCGAUGUUUCAGCCCCUGGGGGCAGCCCUCCACAGCUGGUGAUACCGAGGGGGCCCCAAAGGACCCCCGCUGCAGGGUACUGGGGAAGCCCCCCGUAUCCCUAUGCGCUGCAUGCGGCGAUGGCGACGGCGACGGCGUGUAGCAGUCUCAAAACGACACGCGAGAGCGGCUGGACCCCACAGCGGGCUGCCAACUGCGGAGGGCCUCGUAGGGAAAAAGUGACGGGCAAUUCCGCCCCAAACCUCCCCACGUGGAGACACCCACAGGCAGCAACUGACCAAGUCGCAGCAACAGCGGCAAGCAGCGACUGGAGCUUCCGGCUCCUGAGCCGUGCAAUGAAGGCCUUGGGAUCGGUAGGUAGCAGCUGCGCUCCCUUGAUCGGGGGCUGGGUGGGAGCUGUGCGUCACAGAACCCACCGGAGCUCUCCUGAAGACCUUGUCUUGGCGCUGGAGGCUUCACGUUCCUCCUCCUUCUUCUGUCGCCCCCUGCUGCUGCUUCUGCUAGGAGCACUCGCUCACCGAGCAGCUGACCGCUCGCUGCCCGUAGAGCUCCACACCCUCUUUUCAGCAGCCAUCUCUGCUGCGCAGCUCCCAGUGUCCCUCCCGGCCUUCUGGGAAGCGCUGAACGCCAGUCUGUCUCAUUUGCAAAGAGAGCAUAGGCCUCGCAGCGGUCCACCGCUGCCCGAAGGCUGCUCUGGCGAGCCGCAGAGAAUGCGCACCGGGGCCUCUCAGACAAUGUCUCUGCCAGGGAGGCCGCAUCUCACCGCCAGCAGCCUUCGCAGCUUCUCUCUGCCGCGACAUGAAGAGCGGGGAUGCGGAUCCACGGAAACCGCAAAAGAGACCACUCCGGGUUCAUGGGGCCCUCAAGAAGAAGCACACAAUACCCUCACUGAGGACUCCAGUGGCGCUUCCCUAGGGCAAACAGAAAGGGCCCAUCAGUGCGGGAAAGGAGAACCGCUUCUUAAAACGGGGGGAACGAAAACGGGUGCUGCUGAGGAGACAGAGAAGUCUCUCUCGGUGCGAGAUUCCGUGUCUCUGCUUGAGGCUGUGGCCCUUGCAUUUCCUGCGCUUCCCCUUAGUCUGUUGGUCAUAGCGCUGCCGGGGCUGCGACGCCUGGGGCAGGAAGGCCUGCCUCUUUCCUUCUGCUUAAGGGCUUUGGGGAUGCUGGAACUUGUGAAGCUCAAAGCGAGUGCAGGGGCAUGGGGAGCUUCCCUUUCUGGAUCGGCAACAGUGACCCUUCGCAGAAGCAGUGUAGAGAAUAGCAGCAGCAGCAAUAAUUCUGCCUUAGUUGAGGCCAUCGCGGAGGUGCAAGGGGUCUUGUUGAGAGAUGCCCGACACCGAGUGCGCGUGAGGCUGCAGCACCAGCUGGCGGGAGGAGCCUUGAAAUCAGGAGGCGUGACAGAAGAAGGGGGACCUUCUUCAGAGGACUCGUGGCUGUGUAUGGUGAGGGACUCUCCAGCAAUGGAUUUGCAUCUCCGUGAGCUGUGCCUCUAUGGCGUGCUGAGCCCCUUUGUUUCCCACGUCGCGAGCAACACAGCGGGCUGGAGGGUUCCUCAGGAAGAUUCUUUAGCCCACAAUGGUGGAGAGAGAAGGGCGGGGUCCCUCGCUGGUGACCUGGGGCCCCUACAGAUUCUGCGUCAGGUUAGGGGACUAGUACUGGAAAGGAGCUGUCGAUGGCCCCUGGUUUUCGUCAGUGUAGAGGAUGCGGUCUCUCUGUUGCACCUCGAGCUGUUGCCCUAUUGUCAGGAUGUAGGGCAGGCAAUUGCUGCAACGAGGCUCUUGCACGUAAAACGGGGUGCAGCUUUUCAACCGCAAAAGGAAUCUCGAGGGCACCUUCACACGCCUCCCCCAAAAAACCGUGGUAUGCCGUGUCAGCGGGGAUACCAAGCAACAGUUGAGCUUGACAGCCUCAGGACUUCCCUUUCUGGCCCGAAGGGUGGGGAUUAUCCAAGGGCUGACCUGCAAAAGCCGUGUGGGACUCCCCUGGAACCGUGGGGAGUGGACAAGAGCUCCAUGGAGGCCAUCCUUAACUGCUUUAGUAGUCGUCUUGUUACCUCCGCAACACCUACGUUGCUGCAUGCUGCGACCCUCACCUUUAAAGCCCUUGCUCACCCCCGCUUGCAGGGCCUCUUGAGGCAGAGUCGUACCGGCGCCCGGGAUCGGGAUGACGCGGCUCGAACGGAAGCAGAGAGCAAAAACCUUCCUCCACAAGACACCACAAGGCACUUUGGAGGAACAUCCCUGGAGGAGUCUCAGAGGAGGGGCGGUCCCCCUUGCGAGGCUGUCAAGGGCGAAGGCGCAGAGGGAAUGAUUGUGUCUGAAGAAAAGGAGAAAGUAGCAAUGCAACUCCUUUGUGAAGUGUGUCAGCUGAGUGUAGAGGCCCUGCAGCAGAGACUCCAGCUAUUACAAGCGAACGAACUUAGCCUUGUUGCUGCAGACGCGCAAGCGCUGCUCUGCGCCCUAAGAGCACCACACACGGGGUCUGUCAAGUCCCGUCCACAAGGAUCACCCUCGCGAAUGCCCACUUUGAUGCCUGCUCGAGAUCAACAUGGAGUUGCAGCUAGACUCUAUGAGUGUGUGGACGAGUGUCUCGAGAGCACGACGGGCCGCACUGAUGAGAAGGCUGACCACAGCGACAACUAUCACCUUGGGACAGCUUCUCCGAUCUCAAAAGAAGCGACCUCUGGAAUAUCGCAGCUAGAAGAAAGCCUAGAAAGGCUCCUGGAGGCUUUGGCUGCGCGUUGGCGCGCUGUUCCCGUAACAGUCUCUUCUGCAGGACCAGCUAGCAGCCUCAACGUUUGCCUGCAGCUGGGCCUAGGUGGUGCUUAUGUCUCCGCAGCUACUAAGGCCCCUCAAGGGGAUAACUCAAGUAUCUUUUUGCGGCCCUCUGCGGCAGACGGACCAGGACACAAAGAUAGACUUUCCGAGGAAUUCGAGCAGAGAGUUCGCAACAGCGCCCUUCUUGAGACCCUUUGUCCUGGUAUUUCCACGCCGGAGGCUCUGAGGUGGCUGAAUAGGAAGCAGGCAAACUGCACUCAGGGAGCGGAGCUAAUUUCUUCUUCGAUUUACCAGGAGACCACUGCUUUGAUGGAUGCAAAGGUCAGUCCUCAACAGUGGGGCAAUCAAGCACUGUGUAGUAUGCGCGGUGGCUACGGCGAUUCUCUACCCCGCGGACAAAAGGGCGACAGCCUCGACGCGCAUGCUCAAGGGGGUUCACAGGCUGGAGCCCUUGACAUAGACAACUGUCUCAAAGUGUUGGCUGCUCUUAAAUUGAGAUAUACACCCACAGAAUGGAGUAAGGGAUGCCCGCGACACCGCACAGCUUGUUUGUUGACCAGUAAGACACACUACAACUUGGCGCUGUCGUGGUUAUCACAAAUUCUGCGAUACCGCGUCGCGGGAUAA